AUGAAACUACUGACUGACAAUUCCCUCAAGCUUUACAUUGAGCUAAGAAAAUCACAGGCUAGAACAGUGGAGGAACUGGUUCUACAAAUACACGACGAACCAUUCAACCAGCAAUCCAAUAUUGAAGGACAACAUUCAAAUCAUGAUUAUUGUCAGUUAACAAUUGCCCCAAACAUGUUUGCCAUGGCUGAACAUGUUGCAGAUUCUAUAAUAGAGCAAUCAAAUGAAACAACAAAAAAGAGAAGGGAUGAAGAAAUAGAGAUCAUCACAGAUUACAUGGUGCUUGAGAUCGAAGAAGGACAAAUAUACAGUGACAAGAACAUACUAAAAACAACAAUCAGAUUCUAUGCAAUGAUAAAGAACUUUCAUAUCAGAACGAAGAGGUCCGAACCGAGGGAAUACAUGGUUACAUGUGUUGACGAAAAUUUUAACUGGUUUCUGCACGCUUCAAAGUUGAAACGAACACAAACAUUCAAGAUUAGAAAAUAUGUCAACAACCAUACCUGCUCAUUGGAUGUCAUAAUGGAAGAUCAUACGCAAGCAACAUACAAUACUAUUGCUCAAAUAGUGAAGAAGAAAUACGACUCAAUAAACAGGAAGCAUGCACCGAAUGACAUCAUGAAGGACUUGCUACAUGAGUUUGGCGUUUCGAUGGGAUAUCAAAAGGCUUGGAGAACAAAAGAAAAGGCUUUAGAGUCGGCAAGAGGAAAGCUAGAAGACUCAUACCAGCAACUACCAAUGUACCUUCAUAUGCUAAAAAAAGCAAAUCCAGGGACAAUAACUGAAUUGAUUACAGACAAGAAGAAUCGGUUCAAGUACGUGCUCUUAGCAUUGUCAAACUCAAUUAGAGGAUGGAUUCAUUGCAGACCAGUGAUUGUGGUAGAUGACACAUUCUUGAAAACAACAUAUGGAGGGACAUUAUUUACAGCAUCAACAAUGGAUGCUAAUAACCACAUAUUCAUAUUGGCAUUUGGAAUAGGGGACUCGGAGAAUGAUUCAUCAUGGCAGUGGUUUUUCAACAAGCCAUGA